AUGAGUGACCCCAACCACCCUCCUCCUUACCCAUACUCGUCUUACCCAGGUCAGUCUGACCCGCGAGAACAUGACGCUUCUCUUGGCGACUGGGCUGGCUCCCAGUACUCGCAGCCAUUUUUCGGGCCACAACUCAAUUACGAGACGAUCGCUGGCUUUCCUGAAAGCCCUUCGGGGACUUCUGGGGUCAACAUCAAUGAACGGUCCAUGAAUUCCAAAGUGCCGAUUCCCAGGUCGGCCCAGCCAAACAACUGGACGAGCAGCGGCCGUGUCAGUCGUGCCUGUGAAAACUGUCGCGAGCAAAAAGCCAAAUGUAGCGGCCAUCGUCCAACUUGUCAGCGAUGCCAGGAGGCCGGCAUCGCCUGCUCAUACGGAGACAGGAAACGAGAGAAAGUAGCCAAGCAACUUAGCGAUCUCACCAACCAGGUCCAGGUCUACCAGUCCCUGUUGCGAGAAAUUCUCCCCAAACUGGAUCCUCAAUCUGCACUUUAUGUUGAGCAGGUUAUGAAUGAACAAAAGCUAGAGAAUAACCAGGACUCUGAUCGAAAACCUUCGAUAUCUUCCUCAACACCUAGAGCUGGAACGCUCGAACCCACCUUUGUCUCUAGCUCGAGCGUGGAUCCAUCGCUCGUGGCACUGGAUUAUACUGACGAGGAUUUCAACCGUGACGAACGGAUCCAGGCAGUGGGCUUUGUGGGAGAGCAUUCCGAGAUAGCAUGGCUCUACCGACUGAAACGUAUGCUCAGGCAGACUAACUCGGCCAUCCCAAGAGGCACUCCGGAACGGCCCUCAGUCUCCUCGGUGAAUUUCUUCCUGGAUGACUCGGAUAUUCCUGUUAUCGACAGCGUGGACCCAUGUCAGCGACCUCCCCAGGCCGUUGCUGAUAAGCUCGUGGACAACUACUUCCAAUUCGUGCAUCCGUCCUUCCCAAUUAUCGGCAAAGUGAUCUUUUUGCGACAAUACAAAUCGUUCUCCUCCACACCGUUCGUCCGACCUGGAAGGAGAUGGCUCGCCAUUCUCAACUUAGUCUUCGCCAUUGCCAGUCGAUAUUCGCGACAUAUGGAGGCCCCUACAGAGGACCCUGCGGAGGAUGACAGUGUCUAUUUUUCACGAGCAUGGAAGCUCAGCAUGAGUGAUGUCGCCUUGUUAGACCACCCCAAUUUACAACAAGUUCAGGUGGAAGCCCUAACGUCUUUCUACCUGGCAUCUGUUGCACAGGUCAACCGGUACGUUGCUUGCUUGUAUUUGUCGAAACCAGGCCUAAUUGUUAUUACCCACAGUUCUUGGAGAAUAUGCAGUAUCUGCAUACGAUCGGCCGUCGCCAUGGGGUUGAAUCUUCGAAACGAGAGCAGCACCAUUGUGCAUACCUCAAAGGAGACUCGCUAUCGUGUUUGGUGGUCAAUCUACCUGCUAGAUAUUUCUCUCUCGGUCAUAACAGGACGCCCGCCCAACGUUGAUGAUACAUUCUGCACCACCCCUCUUCCAGUGCCCUUCAAAGAAGAAGAGUUCCUCGAUGAGAACGUCGUUCAGUUGAUUUCCGAUAACGAAGCUCGAAACAUAUUGAUGGACAACUUGACUGCGAGGGGGCCAGGGACCCCAACAACAGAGACCUCCACCCCUACCGAGACAAGCUCUGGCACUACCCACGGAAAACAUGGCGAGCAGGUUGCAUCCAGCGCUGUCAAGUCUCUAAUACCAAAUAUCUCCCUCUACUUCCUCCAUUGUGUUGACUUGGGGUUGAUUAUGAGGGAGUCUAUUGACAAGCUAUACGCCCCAGGCGCUGCGCAAAAGUUGUGGCAUGAGAUGGAGGCAGAAAUCGCCAUGUUAAAUGGAAAGGCUGACGCUUGGCUCACAAGACUCCCUGCUGCUUUUCACUUCACACAAGGCCCUCGGUCCUUCGAAAGACAGCGAGUCAAUCUAGCAUUCCUAUUUUAUAGCGCUAAGAUUCUCAUCACUCAGCCAUGCCUGAGUCGCCUCGCCCGACAGGGCUCCGGAGCUGACACACCAGGGAGCUUCUGUGAUAUCAUGGCUGCCAUGUGCGUUGACCUGGCUGCCCAGGUGCUGGACCUAUUGCCGGCAUCGCCCGACAGUUCAUGGAUGUACCACGUUUCACCUUGGUGGUUUGUCCUGCACUACCUCAUGCAAGCUGCCGCGGUGCUUUUGACCGAGCUCCUAUUCCUCGCAAAGAAUGGGUCUGUUAAGCAGAGAAAGCUGCUUGAAAAACUAUCCAAGAUAGGCCAUUGGCUCGCAGGAUUAUCAACAAGCGAUGCCGCCUUCCAACGGGCCCUGGAAGUGUGCAGGGCCCUCCUCGCCCAGAACACCAUGGAGCUGGAUCCCGAAACCCCGGGUACCUUUAAAAACUAA